CCUGUAUAUUCAUUGAAAUGUCAGGCAAUUUAUGUUUCAAAGUUCAAGGUAAAAGAUACGGAGAGAUCAAUUUUUGUAUUGAAUGACAGUGUAAUUGUUAACUCAUCUAAAUGGAAACGCAUUUGGAAAAUUGUAUAUUUUGCAAAAUCAUAGAAAAUAAAGAACCAGGUGAAAAAAUUUACGAGGAUGAUUAUGUGACGUGUAUUAAGGACAUCAAUCCAGCUUCCACACAUCACUAUUUAAUACUGCCAAAUAAACAUAUACGUAACGCAAAAGAACUUAAAAUAGAAGAUGCCGAACUUUAUGACAAAAUUGUGUCUACAGUGGAUAUCAUAAUAGAGCAACAAGGUCUUGAUCGUGAAGCUACACGAACAGGAUUUCAUUGGCCACCAUUUAACACAGUGGAUCAUUUACAUUUACAUGUUAUUUCUCCCAUAGAAGACAUGACCUUUGUUAGAAAGUUUAUGUUCAGACCUAACUCGUAUUGGUUUGUGAGUACAGACUAUGUAAAAUCCCACCUCCAGUCGUGCAGUUAAUGCCAACUUUAGAGAACUAUAACUAGUUAAGUACUAACUAGCUGCAAUAUCUACUUUGUUGGAAGAAAAAUAAAUAAUGCUUAAUUAUUAA